AUGCGAGUCGUAACUCUGCUGCCUAUGACCGCUAUUCCGAGGAAGUCUGCAAGUCCUAACUCCUUUAGACUGACAGAGAAAUUUGUUUUACUUCUGGCGUUCAGUGCUUUCAUCACCUUGUGCUUCGGGGCAAUCUUUUUCUUGCCGGAUUCUUCAAAGCUGCUCAGCGGAGUUCUCUCACAUUCGUCCUCGGUGGAAACGGACAGUCGAACAGGUACGGAUAGCGUUUCCAGCAUUAACAGGAUGGGUAUCGACGAAAGGAAGUUAUUCAAGAUUAGAGAAGACCAUGAAAAAGUACUGAGAGAAGCCAUAGACAGGCUCCAGAAACAACCCGAUGAAAUACGUCGAGACAUAACGAGCGAGAAAGAGAAAGUAGCCGGUGCGGGUUUUCGAAAAAGGGGAACAGUUAACAACCUGCCUGUUGUCGAAUACCUUCGGCCACCUGGAGCAACCGGACGCGAACCGUCAGACACAGAUGCUGCAGAGAAACGAGCGAAAAUUAAAGAGAUGAUGCAGUUCGCGUGGGAGAAUUACAAGCGCUACGCCUGGGGGUGCAACGAGCUCCGGCCCGUCUCCAAGCAAGGCCACUCCAGCAACCUGUUCGGAAGUCUUCAGGGAGCGACUAUCGUUGACUCUCUGGACACUUUGUACAUCAUGGAGAUGUAUGAGGAGUUUGAGGCCGCUGCAGAGUGGGUCCAGACUCAUCUAGACUUCAACGUGAACGCCGAGGUCUCCGUCUUUGAAGUAAACAUCCGCUUCGUGGGUGGACUGCUUUCGGCCUAUUAUCUCUCUGGCAAAGAGGUGUUCAGGAGGAAAGCGGUGGAGCUGGGACUGAAGCUGCUGCCUGCCUUUCAGACCCCCUCCGGCGUCCCCUGGGCCCUCCUCAACCUCAGCAGUGGUGUGGGCCGGAACUGGCCCUGGGCCUCGGGUGGGAGCAGCAUCCUGGCAGAGUAUGGAACCCUGCACCUGGAGUUCGUGCACCUGAGCAAACUGUCAGGAAAGGCAGUGUUUGCACAGAAGGUAAUGAAUAUCCGGAAAGUUCUGAAUCGUCUGGACAAGCCUCAGGGACUGUACCCCAACUACCUGAACCCCAGCAGUGCUCAGUGGGGUCAGCAUCACGUGUCCGUCGGAGGGCUUGGAGACAGCUUUUACGAGUACCUGCUGAAGGCCUGGCUGAUGUCCGACAAGGCGGACGAGGAGGGGAAGAGACUGUAUUUCGAUGCCCUGCAGGCGAUCGAGUCGAACAUGAUCCGCAAGUCCCGAGGGGGUCUGACGUACAUCGCCGAAUGGAAGGGGGGUCUGCUGGAGCACAAGAUGGGUCACCUAACCUGUUUCACAGGUGGCAUGUUCGCCCUGGGGGCUGACGGCGCACCCAGCGACCGGAGGGAGCGGCAUGUGGAGCUGGCAGCAGAGAUCGCUCGCACAUGUCAUGAGUCCUACGCUCGCACUCAUCUGAAGCUGGGCCCUGAAGCCUUCAGGUUCGAUGGUGGGGUGGAGGCCAUCGCCACGCGGCAGAACGAGAAAUACUUCAUCCUGCGGCCGGAGGUCAUAGAGACCUACAUGUAUCUGUGGAGGUUCACCCACGACCCCAAGUACAGGCAGUGGGGCUGGGAGGUGGUACAGGCUCUGGACCGGCACUGUAAGGUGGAGGGGGGGUACAGCGGAGUGCGGGAUGUCUACGCCGACCAUCCCAGCCACGACGACGUCCAGCAGAGCUUCUUCCUGGCCGAGACGCUCAAAUACCUCUACCUGCUGUUCUCGGAGGAUGACCACCUGCCCUUGGAGCACUGGGUGUUCAACACAGAAGCCCACCCCCUCCCUGUCAUCAGGAGAGAGCACACUCCCAAGCUCCACCCCCAGCAGUAACCAGAACCAAUCACGGAGCCAUACACUGCUGGAGUCAG